CGCCAAAGAACAUGUUCCUUUACUCGUCAAUUUGUAGCAAGAUUUGUCCUCCUGAAGACAAUUCCAUAUUUGAAGUCGAAUCCAACACGCUCUUCCCCUCAUCUUGACACCAACUCCAUCGACCGACAGCUCUAGUACCUAGGUAACCUCAACCACUAGUACCAACUCAAACAGCAGCAGCUACAUCUCCAGCAACACCCAUAACAUGGCUGACUCCGAAUGGGAGAUGGUCAACCGCGAUGGUGCACCUUCGGAGCGAACCCACUACCGUGUUUACCUGGUCACCUAUCUAUGCACCAAGGAGACCCAUCACGCCAUCUGCGUGGAAACCGAUCCGGAACAACGGUUCUCGUCCUGGGGCCACCUAUUCCGAGUCGACGGCGACCUGUACAAUGGAAUGCGUUAUGAUUUUGAUAAGUGCUGCCACCCGUUCGAGUCCUCGACCGGGCAGACCAUGGAGCACAUUGGUUGGGUGCGGCGCGAGGCGUCGGUUAAGGAGGUCUGCGAGGGUAUCCCCGCGCCCCCGAAGCAGUGGGGUGAUAAACUGAAACAAAUCGACCCAGACGUGCCGCCUCGCCAUUCCCACCACUGGGCCGCUGACGUUGUCACUGCCCUCAAGACUACCGGGGUCCUUGAGCCUCUCUUGGAUACCGAUGACGGUCGCGUCAUUGUCCGGCCUAAGUUGGUGGUGGACAAAAAGCAACCAGCACGGGUCUCGGAGCUUCGGUUUCUGAUUUGAUUGGCUUGAGAGGGGUAAUUAGAGGAGGGACACGUCAUGGUACAAUGGGAGAUGUUGGCGCUGGGUGAGGAUGUUGAUAGCAUAGACUGAC